AUGAGGACGGAGAGUCAGAGAUACGGUAUACAUCUGAAGAGUACCUUGGAUCACGCCCGGAGCGCUGGGGGGAUGUCGAGUAUAGGAGGACAAGUGGGAUCGGGAUGGAGGGGAAACCUCCUGGGGCGUUUGGCAUCCAUCUUCACAGAUUCUAUGUGCGCUUCCUGUUUGAGCAGGCCAGAAAACGUUUGGUUGGGGAAAAGGGGGCUAACCGAUGAUAUGGUCAGAGGAAGGAUUAUGGCGUCACGUUUCAGGAUCGUCACAAGUGGUAUCAAUGAAUCCCUUGCACAUGGCCUCCCCUACUCCGCUGCACAUCAGUGGCUUGCUAUGCUCUACUUGCUACUCCCCCACACGUCCAGCCGUUGUGCUAUUUCUCACGACAUGUUGAGUGACAGUGACGGCCACGUGGCCCAGAAGGGGACGCCGGCCUGGAACCAGACCCGGGGUCCUUUGGGUGGUGUUCGAUGUUCUCAUGGCGUCACGGGGUGUCUGUGCUGA